ACGAAUUAUUAUUGGCUUAGAAGAUUAAUUUUGUCAACUAAAUUGUAUAGAAUACAAACAGAAUAUUUCUUCAUUAUCGAACAAAUCGUAAUAAAUUAUAAAUUAAAUUCAUAUAUUUUAAAGGUGAAUUUCAAAGAAUUCGAAAUGUUAAUUCACAAUGUUCCUAGAUUUGUAAACGUAUCAUUGGCUAAAUACGUACCCAAUAUAGAUACAAAAAAUCAAACAAUGAAGCCACACUAAACCGCGGAAAAGGAAGUGGUUUCUGCAAAUGGAAAGUCCAAAAAAUAGUUAAACAAAACGUAACGAAAGAAACCUUCUAUCAGUAUUUCUUUGUACCGUGGCCUGCUUUGGUUCUUUAGAAAACAACGUGAAAAUAUCUGAGGAAGUUCCUGCUAUUGUAUCCGUUGUUAUGUUCACCCUACGUUUGGCUAAUUUUAAUACGUAUGCUUUUGAACCGCAAACAGUGCUUUGUACACGGAAUCCGUUGGAAUUUUGUAAAUGACUCGGCAAAACGCGACACUAUUUUUAUAUACACACAACAUCAACCAAUCGAGACGGAAAAAGACACUUUAACGGUAAAAUAUGUGUUCAUCCGUACGUUUAACAUCGUAAUACAAUUAAAAAAUGUCAGAGAGAAAAGUGGAUACAGAAAUCGUGCGAAAGGAAUACACAAACGAUGUGAGCCUCAUCGAUGAAGUUGAAAUCAUUGACGUGUCUGUUUCAGAUUUUAAUGAUACUGAUACCUGGUUGUAUAUACCAUUGCAGUAUCAAUCUGAGGCUUCAGUCCAAAAUUUGUACACUUGGUUGAAAAAUGAAUCAGAGCUAAUUUUACCAGGAAAUAGAAGAUUCAUCGAUACAAGAACAUUUACAAGACCUAAAAAACGAACAAGUAGAAACAACUUUGAAUCUAUUUUGGAAAAUUUAUCUCCACCUGUAUCAAGUGUAUGGAAAACUACAUAUUCAAACUUUUCACAUAUAGGAGAGGAUUUAAGUAAACAUUUAACUAAACCUGCUGCCAAUAAAGAGGAAACUGUACAUCCAAUGUUAAAAAUGGCACCUAAUACAAAUAUCAGUUUUCUUUCUGAUGAAGCAUCAAUAACAUCAGGUCAAGAAAGUAUGGAAAUUUUUUUGAACAUGUCUCAUUCAAAGGGAAUUGAUUCAUUCAUUAAUUUAGUUGAACCUGGACUCAGUGAUCCAAUUAUGAAUGUGUCUCAACCUUCAAUAUUUUAUUCAUCUAUCACUUCAUUGCCUAGAGAUGAUUCUUUGCAUAACGCAGAUUGUGAUAAAGAAGAUGAACCUGCAAAUUUAACUCAUUCUUUGAAUCAACAAGCUAUCAUACACAAGGAUAUUAAAAAUCCACAUGUGAAUGAAACAUUUUCAAUGGUCGAUGGAAUAGACAAUGAACCAGACAAUAAUAAAACUCACUGCCUGACUCAAGCAAACAGAACAUUUACCAAUAAAUCUGAUAACAUCGAACUAAAUGAAACUUAUGAUGCAGAACCUGCUUCUUCAACAGUUAUAUUGACAAGAACAGAUAAAGAUAGACAGAGUACAAUUAAUUUGUCUUCCACAUUUGUAAAUAAAGAUGAUGGAAAUAUAAAGUUAUUGCAAUUAGAGGAUGACAAGAAGAAAGAAUCAAGUGCUCUGAAUUCCACAUAUUCUACUACAGAAGUUAAGGAUGUAAUUACGAACGUAAAUUUAUCUACUAAAAAUGAUGCACAAGAUGAAAAAGUUCAGGCAUGUGAUCCCCACAAAAAUACGUCUACCAUUAUUCUUGAAAAUGUAGUCGAACCUAUUUCACCUGUUGCAAAUUCAACUUUUUCAUUGGUGCAAAAUAACGCUUUGGAUUCUACAUUUAAAUUAUCUAUUCUUCCUGGUUAUCAAUCAACCCCUAAAAAUCCAUUAAAUUCGACAUUUCAAACAAAUAGUAAACAUUCAGAGAAAUCAUCAAUAUACAAUGCAGCUGUAUCUUCAAAUUUUAAAGCAUCCACAUCACUGAGAAAAGAAUUGUUAGCAGAAAUACAUAGAAAUACAGAUCAUAAACUCGAUGGUACAUAUAAUUGUGUGGCUAAUGAACUUCACACUAGAAAGACUGAGAAAAGAUCAUUCGAUGAGAUCCCGAAUCAAAAUACCAGAAACAAUAUAUCUAUAGAAAAUAAAUACAGUACAUAUAAAAAGGAUCAAACAGUUAAUAAAAUUAAAGUCGAGACUGAGAUAGUAAAUGAUGCAGAAGCAUGUGUUCAGAAUCUGCAGGAUAAAAAGUAUUACACUUUUACAAAAAAAAGUAACAUUCAUGUGGGAAAGACUGAUAUGGAAAAUGCGGAACCUUUGGGGAACGUGGACGCUACAUUUGUGAAACCACUUCCGAAACUGCAAAAAAGACAGCAGCACAUUCCGCGAAUGCUUUCAAAAUUACCACAGUUCCUUCAAAAAUCUAAUCCAAAUCUUGUAUCUAAUUCUUUGAAAACUGUUAACAUGGCAGGAUGUACAAAUGCAUCUACUAUUGGGUAUAUGAAAGGCUCACAAUUGAAUAUUGUUAGAGAUGUUGAAAAAGGUGUAACAAAUAAAUUGUACAGUUUAGGUAAAAUGAAAAGUGGUUCUGAGCAGCGACUUUUAGAACUUAAUACAGGCGUAGGGGAACUCCAAAUGAUGGGUGCUGGAGGAUCUACAGAAAGCAUUGAAAGUACACAAAGUGCUCACAGUGCACCUGACUUAGAUGACAGACUUAGCACAUGUUCAGAUAGUAGCCAUAAUUCAUACACUGUGCAGCCGAUGAAUAUUGAACAAUUGCAUCAAAUAGUACGAAUGCAAGAAGAAAGUUUAAAACAGGAUGCAGCUCCUGUUUUAAAUAAACAUGUUAUGGAAAGCACUUGGACAGACAUGAAAAAGAACUUACCUUCUCCUAUUCUAAAAAAUGGUACUGAUGGUUGUGAAAGUGAUUCUUCUUCGUUAACAAGUAUGGACUUCAAUGUUAAAACAAGCUCUCCGCUAAUAAGUCCUACUAGAUCUAGUCAGUCCGUAAAUACCGAUGAUCAUUCUACGGAACGUAAGCUGAAACAGGAAAAUGAAACAGAUAUAGUGAAAAAAGCUGAAGCGUUUAGUAAACCAACAAUGAAAUUCGAAAACAAAACUAGACUGCGGCAACCCACGAAUUGGAAUACUGGAAAUAGAACUUCAAAUAUGCUUAGCGCUAUUCCUAGACCACCAUCGCGUAUACCAGGCCCUAGGACAAUCAGACCAACCAUAAAGAAUACCCAAGGUGAUGUAAAAAGAGGAUACAUGUAAAAAUUCAAGGAGUACUGAUAAUCACAGGAGAUACGCGUUUCUAAAUAAGAAGAUUUGAUGAUUUAAUUUGUAUUAAAGAUGGUAUAUCUUCAAAGGAGGAGAACUCUUUUAAAUGUGACAAAAGUUCAGUAUUAUUAUACUUUCUUCAAUAUGAUGAAAGCUAUAAUUGAAACAGUCUCAAACAUUUCUGUUUCGGGAAAACAACGAAUCUAAGAAAAACUUUCAAAAGAAAUUGAAUGUUAUAAAUGGUGAAAAUUUGUCAUGUUUUUAGGAAUCUAUCAUAAUUUUAUCAUGAAAGAUUUGUUACAAAAAAUUUUAUUUUAAAUUAUUUUUCUCAGAAAAAUAUAAAAAAGUAUUGUUUUUAAACCAAACGUAGACUGUCAAAUACUGAUUUUAAUCUUAAUUAUUCUGAUUCGUCGUGACAAUGAAUUGGUACACUUACAGUAUAAGAUGAUCCUUAUUACAUAUGUAGAUAAAUAAAAAUAUUUUUUUUAUAAGAAUACUAUUACAUACGAAAUUAUAUUGUAUUUCAACAAGAGCAUCUGUGCGUGAUAUGUGCAUUCCAUUGAAAGCAUUAAUGAUAUACCACUAGCAUACUGUGUAUAAUUAUAUGUAGGUAGGGUUUUGAAAGCCAAAUUUUGUACAAAUUUUUUGUCAUUAGGAAAUAAUUAGAAAGUGCAGACAACUUACAUUAAAAACUUUAAAAUUGACGAAUUCUUAAAUACAGAUAGUAUAAGAAAUAACUUGCAUUUCAUAUAGAGAAUGAAAAUAAAUCUAUAAAAUGGAUAUGAAACCAAUGAAUAUUUAUAAAAUUUUAGAAACUCGAAGUUAGAUUUAUAGAUUUUAAUAAGUAGUAAACAAAAUAUCUCAAGGGCAUAUGCCUUACAUUAUUAACAAUUACAGAUAGGUUGCAGAAAUAAAUAAUAUUUUUUAAGAAAAUAGUAACAUACAGAAACAGUGUUUCAAAGUAAAUUUUUAUAUACAGGAACAAAAGUUUAAGGUUAAAAGAUAAAAUCACAUAAAUUUAUAUGCAAUUUUGUAGAUACUGGAAGAGCUAUUAUCUUUUUUAAGAAAUCCAAUGCAAUAUUUUUUUAUAUAAACGGCCUAUGUAGAAUCAAAUACACAGAGCCUUAUGGUAUAUUAUUAAUUCCAUGCAGCAUAUCUGUACAUUUGGAAUACCCUUGAGCGUAAUUGUCUUGCUGAUCUGCAAUACAUAUAUUUUUAAAUAAUAAUUUUUAUAUCCAUUGAUACAUCCUGAAAAUUUAUAAUAAUUUUAAUGUGCCGAAAUUAGGACAACUUUAUGUGCUUAGAUUUUUUUAAGAUUUAAAUUGUAGUUACCAAAGAAUAAUUACAAAAUUGUUUUCAUAUCACAGAAAGGUUGAUGUUAACUGUAACGUUAAGAAUGUAAAUUUUUAAUAAUUCCAUUCAUAUAUUAAAAUAACAGGAAACUACAUUUUGUACGCUGACAAUUGACAGUUCCGAAAAUAAGUAUAAAGAUGUAUAUAAACUAUUUAAGACUGUAGACAUAAACCAUGGUACAUACCUACAGUAUCUUUUCAUUGAAUAAUAGAACAUAUAAUUGAUUGUGAAUUAGGAACAUCAAAGGUGCAAAAUGCAUCUGUAUUUAAAUAUGAAAGUUUUAUGCAAGUAUAGACUCAGUAAGUUUUUUAUAUCAUCAGAAGAACACUAUCAAUAAAGAAUUUACGUUAGUAAAGAAUAAUAUGAGUAACAUCUGAGUAACGGUAAACGGUGUACAUGAUAAGUAAUUAUAUUUCCAAUUUAAUGUAUGUUGCUAUAUUUGAAUCAUUUAUUCAAAUUUUAAAAUUAUGCAUUCAAUCAGAUAAAAUAAAUAAAAACGCAAAUCGGUUUAAAAUAUUUCGGGACGUUGUAAUACUUGUAUUGGUAAUCAAUUGUCAUAUAUUGCAUAUAUACUUUUGAGUUCCGUCCUACAGUAUUUAAUUUCCAUUGAUGCAAAAUCUUCAGAGCUGAAACAUAUCACAGCGUACAAAUAUUAAAAAAAAAAUUAUAUCUUAAAAAAUAUACAUCAAUACUAAGGUUAAAUAAUUAUUAGAAUUAUUGGUAUUGUACUAUUAUGGAAAUAUUAAAUAUUAAAACCUUUAUAAACAUGUCAAGGGAAUCGGAAACAAAUAAUUAUCAUAUAGAGUAUAUGUGAAAAAUCCACUAAUGAUAAGAAGGAAAUUAUGUUUAUGGACACAGAGUUUUGAAAAUUAUUUUUGGGGAAUGUUUUUAUUACAUUUAACAGGUAUAUCUUCAGGAAGUUUUAAAACUUGUAGAAAAAAGAGUCAAGAAUAUCAAGCCAUUGUAUAAACUGUUCCCAUUGUUAUAAUUAAUACAGUGCUUUGUAAUAUUAAUGACUCUUCAAAAAUAUUUUAUGUACAUAAGUACAUUGUAUGCAAUAUGUCUUUACAUUCUUUAUGAACGAUUCGCAUUCACUUUAGCGUUCUCUUUAAUGCUCUCUUUAGCACAUCUCUUCUGUAUUCUUUGCUUAAAGCAAUGACAGCAAGAGAAAAUACAAAGUGCUUGUACAUUAACCUGUUUUCCUGAGUAUUACCAAUUUUAUGCGUAUAGCCGCAAUUUGUCCACAUUAUCAUUAAAUUUUAGUGCUACAAAUUCUACGAUGAAACGUUGUGCUUGUUGUGUUGUGUUUAAAUUUUUAAUGAUACGAGCAUGAAUAUACAGUUGCUUUGUAGCAUAAAUAAGACAAGGAAUGUACUUGAUUAAAGAUGCCAAUAAUUCUGACAUUAAUUCUGACAAUUUAAUGCAGUAGCUAUGAAAUUAAAGACUUGAAAAAGAAGAAAAUAAGUUUCUUCAUAUCUAGAAAAUACAUUGAAUAAUAUAAAAAUGAAAAUUAUAUUCCUUUGUCACCUUUUUUUUCGUUAGUUGAUAUUCAUAAGAAAAGAAUUUGAAACCUUGUAUUCAUGUUGUAAAUAAUAAACAAAAGUGAUAGUCAUGUUAUAUAUUCUUUAUUUAUAUCUUUAAAUGUUAGACCUUAAGUGCCUUUAUUGUAUUACAAUACAAAACAACUUUUUUAUAUAUUUCAAUUAUAGAAACUAGAUAGCUGCUAACUAACUAUACU